AUCAUUGUGUUGAACUGUGCAGGCAAUGCAGCAUAUCUCUGGUAAGCAUAACAUUUUCAACCUUUGCUACGUCAGUCAGUGGUCUAGCGAGAGAGCAACAGCAAGUCUAUUGCAGAGUUGAAUUGUUGCAUUGUCUGUGGAAAUCUCUGUGUACAAAGGAUUAUUUCAGCACUGGUCCACUCUGUAAGGCUCCAUGUCCCCCUCUCUUUCUCCAGAGCCGAGGCCCAACAUGAUGACCCCGUCCCCCCCUACAGCUGACCCCUACCACCAAGGCAACGUCAGGAUGACCCUGGAGAAGGCUGACCUCUGGAAGUCCUUCCACAACCUGGGGACUGAGAUGAUCAUCACCAAACAUGGCCGGUACGAUACCGUUGUUGUUUUGUCCUUCAUCACCAUUUUUGAUCUGUUUCAAUUUACCAAACACAUUAUAUGUUGCGUUCACUGAUGAUUACCUUUCACUCACAUUUCAUGCCAUAUUGUAGCUUUAGCAAUGUUGUGAAACUGUCUCUGCUGCUUGUAUGCUUUUUUUUGUCUUGUGUGAGAAUGAGAGCGCAUAGAGUUCUGAUCAGGAAUUGAGAGGAUAAUACAAUUAGUAUGGAUUUGUAUGUAUCAGGAGGAUGUUUCCCCACUGCAACGUCAGUCUAUCUGGACUCCAACCCUACACCAAUUAUGUCCUCAUGGUGGAAAUGGUUCCUGUGGACAACUUCAGAUACAGGGUAAGAACAACAUGUCCACCAUUCUUCCAGGUCGCAGUUGUAAAUGAGAACUUGUUCUCAACUGGCUUACCUGGUUAAAUAAAGGUGAAAAAAAAAAAUAUUAUAUAUAUAAUGCCUCCGUUGCAGGGAGUUUUUCCUAGCAACCGUGCUUCUACAUCUGUAUUGCUUUGGGGUUUUAGGCUGGGUUUCUGUAUAAGCACUUUGUGAUAUCUGUUGAUGUAAAAAGGGCUUUUAUAAAUACAUUUUAUUUAUAUACCACGUCUUACUCACACAUUACAAAACAUUUCUAUUGGGAAAGGUCCUAUUAGAUAAGACAAACAUGUCACAGUUUGGAAUAUAGUCAGGCAUUGUUUUAAAAGGAAACAUAAGGAGAUUAAGUAGAAGACAAGCUUGCAUAUGCAACUCCAGCAGUAAGUCUGCAUCAAGCUUACAGGCCAGACGGUGUCCCGGCAACACCCAGCCAAUCACCUCACACACUGCAUAUCAAAGACCAUUACUACUUCCUGUUUUUAUACCCCCAGCUGGAGGUCCAGCCAUUUAGCAUACCACCUCCACCUCCAUCCCGCUCCAAUCAAAGUGAAUGGGGAGCAAUACCCCCUCCAUGCAUCCACUGGCCCUCCCCUCAGUACACAUUGCUUUUGACCAUAUGGCUCCAGAGAGAGAGGAGCGUUUUUCCUUUGCUAUAGAAGUUCAUGUAUAUAUUACAUUUUAGUCAUUUAGUAGACGCUCUUAUCCAGAGCGACUUACAGUUAGUGAGUGCAUACAUUUUUCAUACUGGCCCCCCGUGGGAAUCGAACCCACAACCCUGGCGUUGCAUGUGCCAUGCUCUACCAACUGAGCUACAGGAGGCCUACUAUAUAUGUUGGUAGAUUAUAUGCAAUUAUAUACAUACCUACAGGAUACUGUUCAAGCAUGCAAUAAUAUGCACCACAGAUUCCUUACAUAUACUGUAUAAGUGUAAAGACUGGGGGUAUGUGAGUUUUUGUGGAGUGUCUACAUGUUGAGGCUUGUCUUGUGGUUCGUUUCACACCUGAGUAACCCCCGUCCCCUCCCCCCUUCUCUCUGUCUCUGUAGUGGAAUAAGGGCCAGUGGGACAUGGCUGGGAAAGCCGAGCCCCAGCUCCCCUGUCGGACGUACGUGCAUCCAGACUCCCCCACCCCGGGCUCCUACUGGAUGAAGCAAUCGGUGUCCUUCCUCAAGCUCAAACUCACCAACCAUACUCUGGACCAGCACGGCCAUGUAAGAAAACGUACCUCCUUCUCUACUGGAUCCCCAACCCCUCACAGUCUGAGAGUAUACAGCUGUAAUGUCUGUCAACAAUGUUAUUAGUUGACUCAUUAGUGGUGUCUGUUCUCUCCUCAGAUCAUCCUGCACUCUAUGCAUCGCUACAUCCCACGCUUCUCUGUGGUCCAGGCUGACAGUCUGUACAGUGUGCGCUGGGGACACUUCCAUUCCUUCUCCUUCCCUGAGACCUCCUUCACUGCAGUCACUGCCUACCAGAACACUAAGGUCUGUCUAUCAACUCACGUAUUAAGAACAUACAAAUGGCUCACUCACAUAAUUAACUUGCUCUUUGGGAAUGGGUGUAACCCAAUCUGAUGUAUUCAUCUCUACUCCUGCUUUCAGAUCGCUAAACUGAAGAUUGACCACAACCCCUUUGCUAAAGGAUUCAAAGGGGAGAACACCCGUACUCAUAGCAAGAGGUAGGGAUCAAUUGAACUAUAACACUACGUGCGUGUGAGUUGGGGAGAUGUGCUUUACAAGUUUUUAUUGUAUUUUUUAUAGGUGUCGAUCCAACAAGAGUCCUGGAAAUGCUUCAAAGAAAGCCAAACAAGACAGAGAAACAGAAUUCAAAAGUCCUUCAGGUAUGAAUCUUACCUGUAUACAGUAAGAUUAGAUUGAUUUGAUCUGUAUAAUGUCAAAGGUUGUCCAGCCCAUAGGCCUAUAGGCAGUCUCAUUGAUGCACAAUCUUUUCCCAUCCAGACCUCCAAAGGGCGACAUUAGACUGUGAGCCAGCAGAAAGGAGGAUAACCCUGGGAACAACAGAGAACGUGGUGUCGGCUAAGGGGGAUCUCUUCUCCCCCUGGGCCAUGGAACAGGACCCGUCCCAGAGCCACAGCCUGCACACUGAACUACUGGAGCGCCACGACCACAGACAGGACUACAGCACUGAGGAGCAGAUGGUGCCUGGCCCUGCAUCUAUGUCCUACCAACCAGACAUGUACUGUACAACCACCAGGCACACACGCAUGUAUAAGCGCGACAUUGCAGCAAUAUAAACUAGAUUGUAAAGCAUACCUUGACUUCCAUUUUUUGGAGGUGAAACCCAACAUACAGGCGAAUCCCCAUUGAGAGAGAGUCACUCUAACAGCCUGCACACCCACACAGGUUCAUAUGCAGAAACAGGACCCAUUAUGCCAAUAGAAAAUUCAGUGACUCAGAGCUAUACUUAACAGGCACUCUAUGGUGCAGAAUACACCUCCAUACUGUGCAAUUAAAAGUGACACUUUGAGUCAGGGAGUGUUUGAGUUCACAUACUGUAUGUGGGUUGAUGACAAUAACAACUAAGAAGUCAUAUUAGUAACCCGCUCCAUAUUUCUUAUUCUCUCCAGAUCUGUUGGCAGACUUCCCUCUCCAUCUUCUGCAGUGGAGGAUUGCAAAGGCAGGCACAGCUAUGAGUCGCACCUCCGUGAUGUAGCCACUGUCCCUGAGCACGAGACUACCAGACCUGGCCCUGUCAGGGACAUGGGACACCCCCACCACCACCCCUUGGCUCCAGUCAUGCCCCAGGACUACAGAAUGUCCCCUGUCCAUCUGUCCAUGUCCUCCAAAACCUACCCUGGGCACCUGGGUUACAGUUACCCCAUCUAUGGCCACUACACCACUAACCAGGGCAUGGGUCAGUGGGGUGAGGGUGGGACAGGACAGUACCCUGGACAGUCCUUUCCUCACCACCUGCCCUUCCUCACCAGUCAAACACUGACUGCAGACCACGGCACCCACCAACGCAGCGUCCAUCACCAUGGCAACACAGAGGCAGAGUGGAGCUGGAGCCAUUACUUGAGUUUGGACAAUGAGGCUGAUCUGACGAUCAGAUCAGAAUAGCUAACUCUGACACACAAAGCGGAGGAGCUGGGUUUCAUUCUGUGAACAAAGAUACUUGUGACAUUUCAGAACAGUUUCAGAGGUCAAAAGUGAGAGCCUAUGGUCUUUGUGCAUGAGGUCCAAACCAAGAUAUCGUAAAGUGUGUUUUCUUAACUUGUUCUCUGCUAUGGACAUGUGUGUCAAGAGGAGUGUGUGCAAUUUUCUGUUCCCAGUUUAUACAGGGCUGCAGUCCUAUUUAGCUGAAAUAGCAGAAGGCUAUUUGAGCUAUAUACUGGACUUAAUGGACUGAGCCUCCUCAUACUGUGCCUGGUGCUCCAUAUGAACUGCAUUCAAAUGUUUGUUUGCAUUCAUGCUUGUAUGAUGCAUGUGAUGUGUGUAUGCUUGUUUAUUUACUCAUCAAAGUGAUGAUUACUGAGAUCAGAUUAUGACCAAA